AUGUUGACGUUCAAAAUAGCUUUACUGGCGUUUGCUGCAGCAACUGUCGACGCCGGGAAUGAAAAUUUAAUAGCCGUUGUUCAGAUCUACAGACAUGGUCAAAGAACGCCCGUCAUGUUCUACAACUCCGACCCUUACGCAGACCUUAACAUCUAUUGGGCAGGAUUAGAUCUUGGACAAUUAACGAAUGAAGGAAAACGCCAACACUAUGCAUUGGGCCAAUUCACCAGGAAUCGAUACAGUGAUUGGCUGCCGAAGGUUUACAAUAAAGCUGAUAUAUACGUCCAAUCGACUGAUGUAGAUAGAACUCACAUGUCAGCUCAAGCCAAUGUAUACGGCCUCUAUCCAGCGACUGGAUCGCAAGUCUGGCGAAAGUACGUCAAUUGGCAACCCAUCCCUAUCCACCCAUCCGAUCCUAGAGUCGUUACUAGUUCAAACUCAUGUCCAGCAUAUUACGAGUUGUACGCCAAAUUAGCCAACGAAGAGGAAUUCAUUAAUUUAGAUAAACAGUAUUCGAGUUUGUACCAAUACGUGUCCGAAAAAACUGGCCUGAAUGUUACUACUUUUUCUGAUUUAAUUCAAUUCUAUGACGCUCUACAUAUUGAAGAGCAAGUAGGAUAUUCCCUUCCGUCUUGGACGUCCUCGUUUUAUCCAGAACCACUCUCCACGUUAGCUGCUAAAACUUACCAAUCGUUGAGCUACAACACGCCAAUGAAGAGACUAACUACUGGAGUACUCUUGAACGAAAUCAUCCAGUACUUCGAAUUGAUGGCUACCAACCCGACUGCUAAACCGAAAUACCAAAUGUACAGUUGCCACGACACCAACGUUUUCCCCAUAUUGAACAGUAUAGGUCAAACGCCAACCAAGCCUCUGCCCUUCGCUGUGUCGCUUUGGUUCGAAUUGAGGCUGGUUAAUUCCGAACCUACAGUUCAGUUGUGGAUGAAGAGCGACGGGGAUUUCUCCAGGCUGAGCAUCAACGGUUGCUCUUUGGAUUGCCCGCUCAGCGAGGUGAAGGCCUAUUGGAAGGAGCUUUUACUCGAUGUCGAUGGAUUGGAUAAAGAAUGCGCUGUUUCAAGUCAAUAA